AUGCUGUUUAAAAUUAUGUUUAUUAAUUUAAUCACGAGUGAUUUUUUUUUUUUUCUUUUUUUUUUUAAAAUUUCCAAAAAAAAAAAAAUCAUAUUUAUUAUUAUAAAAAAUGGUUUGACAAUUACAAUAAAAUCAUUUCCUACCUUUUAG